AUGUCUGAAAAUCCAGAUUCUGUUGCCAAAGAUCUCGUAGAAGUAAUUAUGAUCAACGUAGAUAAUUCAAUACCUUCUCCAGACGAAACAUUGAGCCCCCGAAAUUCAAACACGAGCAUCUCCGAGAUCCUUCAAAAGGUCGCGGAACUUGCGGAGGGUCUCUGCACUGACCUGGAGGGCGUCCAGAUCGGAGAUUACGUCGUCUCGAUGAACAAGUCCCCUUUGGAGAUCCAGGUGAAGCAAGCCGUCGAGAACUUUAAGACAGAGGCCGCUAAAGGGGUCAUCAAGGGCCAGGGAGACGGCGUGGAGAACAUUCCGCUGCCCGCGGAAAAUUUACCGGGUCCAGUUGCUCCAGAAGGCCCAAGUGCGCUUGAAGUUGGGUUUAAAUAA